CACCAAACCGAAACAACACUAUGUACACGUCGUAGAUCGGGGCCUCCCCAUCCUCCCGCUGCCGGAGCAGCCGCCGGAGGGUGAGGAGCCCACCGAUCUGACGACGGCGAGGUGCUUCGCGAGGUGUCGCCCAAAAACCGCCUCUCUCUACUGUGGACGGGGAGAGGAUAAGCUCCAAGGUGCUCUAUAGCAAGAUCGCUAUUUGGCCGAGCGGCAUGUCACCGUCAUUGUACCGAAAGCGGCGUUCGCCGGUGGCUGCGUGCGGCAUGGAGCGCCCUUCAAGCCUGACUGCGCGCAGCAACAAGCGCCCUCGACUAGCCUGUGCUGCCAUCUCAGAAGAAGAAUCUAGCUGGGCGUCUCUUCAGGCAGAUUUAGUUCGCCUGAUCGGGUCGAGGGUGCUAGCGGGCGAUUUGAUGGACUACGUCCGCUUCAGGGCCGUUUGCCCCCACUGGCGAUCUAGCUCAGACUGCCCACGCGGCCGCGGCGUCGUCGACCCGCGCUUUCACCCGCGCCGGUGGAUGAUGCUGCCCGAGGGCCAUGGUCUCUACCCUGGUCACGGCAAGCUACGUGGUUACAUCCGAUUCUUCAACCUCUCCACUGGCGUCAUCGUCCGCGUCCUGCUCCCGCUUUUUAGGAACCACUGCAUCCUCGAUUCAGUCGAUGGCCUCCUCCUCCUUCAGCGGGACGAAGACACCGUCAUCCGUCUCCUCCACCCCUUCACCGGUGACAUUGUAGACCUCCCGCCACUCGCCACCCUCAUGCGUCUUCCUGGAGCCAAUCUGAAUGUGGCAAGGACUUGGACGUAUUUUAGAAAGAUCGGCGCUACCUCCGUCAGUGUUAGUGCAGGUGGAGUCAUCACUGUCAUGAUCGUACUUCAUGACAUAUCGAUGCUAGCCUUUGCUACCUCCAGAGACCAUCAAUGGAAUGUUCCACCCUGGAGGCUCUCGCCAUUUUGGAGGCUAAUAUCAUCCCAAGGCAAGCUAUACAUGAUGGAUAAUCCCACACUUGACACUACUCAUCCCGGUGACACUCAGAUUUUACAGAUCGACCCGCCACAGCAUGACGGGACGGUCUCAGCUUCGUCCUCAAUGCCAUCGCAGAAGUUGGUUGCCACAUGCCCGGCCGGCAAGAUGCCUGUCCCUCAAUACCUGGCAGAAUGCGACUCGGAAGUCCUGGUCAUUGGGUAUAGAGACGGAUUCUUUACACACCCUUUAGUUUACAGACUGUCUGACCUCAUCCUUAACAGGGUUGCACCGGUAACUAGUAUCGGAGGCAAUGUUCUGUUCAUUGAUGAAAGGAUUAUAAGUGUCAGCUGUAAGACAGUUUUGCCUAACAUUGCGGGUGACACCGUCGUAGCUGUUCAUCCGACGGAACUGUAUUUGGCGCAACGCAACCUCACCAGCCACGCAUGGUUACCGGCAGCGGAUGGAUGUAUCGCACAACGUGAUGUAUCAAUGCCUUAUAGCCUCAUUUACCAUAUCUUCACCUGUUGCAACCGUGCUUUUUGGUGGGCUUCUUUUACAGUACCUUUUACCACAGCUGGUAAGGGGAGAGGUAUGAUUAGUCAACGGUCAGGAUUAAACGGCCCGACAGCCCAUCAACAAGUACACCAUCGAAAUAAAAUAGCUGUCCCAAAACGGGCCCAACAAUUGGCCCAGCAGGAGAGAAGUCGGCAGGCUCCAUCACGAGAGCAGUCGCCGGCCUCCUCAACAUCGCGUUCUCCCUGGAGCGUGACCGCCGCCGCCAUCCCGUGGGCGUCGUCCUUCGCGGAGCGCAACCGUCGCCUCCGUCGACACCCUCGCGAGCCUCCGUCGCGUGACCGCCACCGCCAUCACGGCAUCCCGUCGGCGUCGUCCUGCGCGGAGCGCAACCGCCGCCUCCGUCGACACCCUCGAGAUCCCGUCGUCCCGCUUGGAGACCACUGCCGCCAUCGACACCCCGUCCUCCUGCAUCUAGGGCGACCGCCGCAAUCGACUCCACGCCAUCCUGCAUCGUGGGCGGCCGCCGCCACCAGCGGAUCGGCCCGGUCCUGCAUCGCCGGCACCAGACAUGGAUGGUCAAGGCCCUGGCGACGAGGAGAGUGAAGAGUAUCUCCUCGUGAUUUGCUCGAGCACUCUCAGUAUUACAAGUCACGUAUCCGUAGGAAUGAAGAGGAGCUGGAUGCCAAAGCUUCGCAGUCGGUACCUUUCACUAAAAUAUCCGAUCACCCACUGUUGAAAAGUGCUGCCCGUAUUUAUACUCCGGUAAUGUUCAAGAUGGUAAAGGAGCAGAUCAAUAAAUCUGAUGAAUGGGAGAUUGGUGAGGUGACCCAGCAAGAUGCCUUUGGUUUUAGUUGUAUUGUAGUCAGUAAAUGGGGCAAUCAUGAUGUGACGUGUGUUUUUCGCGAGACCUUGAUGGAGAGCGUGUGCUGCCACUGUCGGAAGAUGCAGCGUGAGGAAAUCCACUGUGCACACGUAUUUCGUGUUCUGAAACACCUAGGCUUCCGCGACAUACCUCGCUGCUGUAUUGCCGUCAGAUGGACAAUGCAAGCUAAAGCUGGUUUGGAACCCGAGAGCAAUAACAGUAGACAUGUUUGGUCUGAACAGAUGGAUCGGUACCGCGAACUCCGAAACAAGGCGAAUACAUAUGCCAGUAUAGAUGAACUCUGCUCUGACUUUCCGUUUUCUCAUUUCCUUGUGCAUCUGAUUUAGUAUUAUAGCUUUGCUUUGUGGGCUAGUGGGCUAGCUUUACCUGUCUCUUAUUCUAAUCCAUGUAACGGAGAUGGAUUAGAUUAUAUUGAUUAUAGACAAGCUGCUCCUGAGAAAAUAAAUAUCUGUGAAAAUGUGCGAGUUAUUAUUUUUCCUUUCCGCUAGAAUAAAUAUGUGGAUUUUGCCCGCCCGAGACAUGCUGCUCUGUAAUUUUUUUC